CCGGCUUGGAAGCGGAACCUACGUUCGGUUGUAAAGAAUGCGAGAAAAGAGGCUCAAGGGCAAGUGACAGACGUGCCCUGAGCUUAGCUUCCCAGGGCGGUGUUAGCAAAGACAGAGAUCCAGAGAUUCCAGUUGAGAGCAAGUUGGCAGCCAGACCCUUGUUCUUUCCCUGUGAGGAGCAGCUCUUACCAACAGCAACAUUGACAGAACCUGUGUUUUGGAAAAGGCCUGAUGGCUUUGAGCCUAGGCUGGAGAGCAUUUGCCCUGCUUCCCAUGAACCACUUCGGUGUUUCUCUGAAGGCUGUGAGGAACAGUGGUCCUCCCUUGUUUCCCUGGGGCCACUGCCCCUGGAGAGGAACUGGAAGCUUUUUGGACCCUGAGAUGAAAGCUUUCCUGGAGGAGAACACUGAAGUCACCAACAGGGGCAGCCUCACCCCCGAAAUCCAGUUGCGGCUUUUGACCCCUAGAUGCAAGUUCUGGUGGGAAAGAGCUGACCUAUGGCCCCACAGCGACCCGUACUGGGCAAUCUACUGGCCCGGAGGCCAAGCCCUGUCUAGGUAUUUUUUGGAUAAUCCUGACGUUGUCAGAGGAAAAUCUGUGUUGGAUCUUGGGAGUGGAUGUGGAGCGACAGCUAUUGCUGCAAAGAUGAGUGGGGCAUCAAGGGUCUUGGCCAACGACAUAGACCCUAUUGCAGGAAUGGCUAUCACACUAAAUUGUGAAUUGAACCAACUGAAUCCUUUUCCCAUUUUAACCAAAAACAUUUUGGAUUUGGAACAAGAUAAGUGGGACCUUGUCAUGCUUGGAGAUAUGUUUUAUGAUGAAGACCUUGCAGAUAGUCUUCAUCAAUGGCUGAAGAACUGCUUUUGGACCCACGGAACUCGAGUAUUGAUUGGUGACCCUGGGCGACCCCAGUUCAGUGGACACAGCAUUCAGCAUCACCUGCACAAAGUGGUAGAAUAUUCACUUCCAGAGCCCACUAGGCAGGAAAACAACGGACUGACAACAAGCACAGUGUGGGAUUUUCAGCCUUGAGUUGUCAAAGUGCUUCCAAGGAUGGAUAUGGCAAUGUUGGGGUUUAACCCUAAAAGAUUCUCCAGUUUAAAGAAUGCAAUUCCUGUUAAAUAGCAGAUCUUGUUUCCAAAAUAUGAAGGUUUAAAGUUUUGUCAGCCUGUGUCGUGUAACUAGUUCUGCAUUAUGCCAAAUCUCUAUUUGUAAUUUUUUUUUCCUCAUUUUACUGCUAUAGGAAUAUAAUUAUAGAAGGCAAUGCCCAAUGGUAGCAACAGGUAAUUUAAGCAGUGGAGAGGAAUUAGAUAUUGUAGCAAGAGUCUGUUUCUGUAGUUGAGGACAACUAUAUGAUGUAUCUAAGUACAAAAUAUUGGAGAAUACUAUAUAUAUAUAUUUUGUGUGUGUGAGGAAGAUUAGCCCUGAGCUAACAUCCGAUGCCAAUCCCCCUCUUUUUGCUAAGGAAGAUUGGCCCUGGGCUAACAUCUGUGCCCAUCUUCCUCUGCUUUAUAUGGGAUGCCGCCUCAGCAUGGCUUGACAAGCAGUGUAUCAGUCCAUGCCCGGGAUCCGAACCUGCGAACCCUGGGCUGCUGAAGCAGAGUGUGCGAACUUAACCGCUAUGCCACUGGGCCGGUCCCUGAAGAAUACUGGUAUUUUAAAAAAAUUAUCUGUAAAGAUCAAAGAUGCAGUUAGUAUGGUACAGAAUACAUGGGCUUUGGAAUCAGGUAACUCUUGUCACUUUCUAGUUGGGAUUUUGGCCUAGUUAAGCUCUCUGAGCUUUAAUUUCUUCAUCUAUUAAAUAGUAACAAAAUUUAUAAACCUCACCUCAAAUGGCUAUUGUAUUAAAUGGAAGUAUAAAGUGCCUAAUAUAGUAUUUAGUACAUUAUAGGGCCUCAAUUGACAACCAUGGAUAAAAAUAAAGAUUUUAGAAUUUUCUUCAUACUCUGUACUGUGACACCUUAUGGUCCCUCUUUAUGCCUCACUAAGGUUAGCUAGAAAUUGGUUUUGCCACCACUACAUGCCUCAGCUUGUCAGGAUCUUAUAUAUCAAUAAAAACACUAUGACAUAAAUGAGAAACAAUGUGAAUAAG